AUGAAUAAUAACGAAUCAUCACCCACUGGGACGAUAGCUCAGUUGGGAGAGCGUGCGACUGAAGUUCGCAAGGUCGCUGGUUCGAUCCCGGCUCGUCCCACUUUUUUUAUGUUCCCGUUGGGAGAGCGUGCGACUGAAGUUCGCAAGGUCGCUGGUUCGAUCCCGGCUCGUCCCAUGUUUUUACAUCUCAGUUGGGAGAGCGUGCGACUGAAGUUCUUUCAAUAUUCGCAAGGUCGCUGGUUCGAUCCCGGCUCGUCCCAUUUUUUUUGUUUGCUUCAAUAUCCUGGGGAUGUUUUCGGUAGAAGCUAUUAA